GGCACCUGUUCGGAAUACACCGACAAGAAUCGGCGAGAAACACAACAGUUACUGAUUUUCUUUUAGUAACUCAAUUACAUAAUAUAUUAAUUGUGUGAAGCCAGGUGGGAUUGCUAGAGUUAUAUAAAAACUCACUUCAAAGUUCUUUUCAAAUAUAAUUUCUCAUCCAUAAAAUAAGCGUUUGUUAUUUAAAAGAAUGUUUUUUUGCCACUAAUAAGAUCAAUUCUGUGUGAAAUAAUAAUUGAAAUAUGUCAAUUACCACAGCCAAGAAAAGCCAGCGAGGAGAAUAUUAAAAAGGGGAGGCGUUGUUUUCGAUAUUGCGGCCUCAGUAUAAAAAUGAUAGAUAGUCUUCCCAAAGCUCAUUUAUCUCAUUGGCAGCUUCACGACCAAGUGAUUAUUCGAGUCAAAAUGCGUCUCGCAACAGUAAUCUCUUUGGCACUGACCAUCGCGCUAGCAAUUUCAAUGCGGUGUUGCGAAGGGACACGUCUUCGGGGCUUAUCACUUACAGAAGAAGAAGACGACAUUCAACCGAGACGUUUUUACCGAGAGUACGGCUUGAUACGGAAUCGUCCAGUCCGAGCAGAUGACUCCUUCGAUGACUACGGACAUUUAAGAUUCGGCCGUUCAGAAGACUGAUGACACACACGUACCGAAUACACGAAGCUACAAAUGAUAAACCGUAAAAAAUACUAGGAAAAAAAAUCAAUAUUUUAAGAGAUCAUUUAACUAUAAUUAUGUAAAAUAUAUAAGUUCUUGUGAAAUGUCUAUGGCUGGUAUGAUAUUUCAUCGUAAUUCAUGUAUAA